AUGGGAAGAUUAAGUGGAAAAUCUAUCCAAGUAGCUUUAGAUUUAAUUAAAGAGGAAGGAGCUACAUGGGAUGAUUAUGGUGAACCAGAGGAAGAUUUUAAGGCCCAGGUGGUCGAUUUCUUCAAUGAUAUUAUUGCAAAACAUUUACCAAAAAAUGAUUUUCAACAAUCUUCUGGUUCACCAAAACAACGUAAUCCUCAUAUUUUAAUAGUUACUCAUGGUGGUGUUAUAAACAAACUUGUCAAAGAACAUGUUAUUAUGGAUUUAGGUUUCUUUGUAAAUGAUUAUUUAAGUAUGAAACAUAAGGCUAAAAAUACUAGUGUCACAAAAUUCGUUGUAAGGAGAGCUGAAAACUCUAUUUCAAUUACGGAUGAUGAUGACGCAACUAGUGUUAUCAGUAGUAAUACUGCUGAAAAUGAAAGUAAUGAUGGAACAAGUAUCAAAGAUGAUGAUUCUGAAAAGAUUAUUCGUCGUGAUAUUGAACGUAAGAUUCGACUAAAAGGCGAAGUUACACUAUGGAGUUGUGUAUCACAUUUAACUUCUCAAGGCAAAAGAACUCACGGUGAUUCACAGAUUGAUGACUUUGUACAUUAG